GUAACUGCAGGAUUGACAUUGUAAAUAAAACUCAAAUAAUUUACUUAUGUUCAAAAUAAAUUAUGAAAUCUAAUUAAAUAUGUUUUGUUCCAAUAAAAGUGUUCAUUUUUAAGUGAUCAAGUUUGUGAUAUAAAAAUGUUUUCCGGCACGGACGGUGACCGAAAUUACCCCACUCAAUGGGCACUGAACCCAUCAGCAUAUCAAAAUGUAUCGAAUGAUCAAGUUGAUUGGGCUGCUCUAGCUCAACAAUGGAUUAUGAUGAAAGAAACAUGCCCCCCGGAACAAGUUCCACCAGCUCCACCACCACCGCCUAUAGGUCCCGUAAAAAAAGAUAAAGAGAACUCUUCAAAUGCCGGUUCAAGUUUAAUUGAAGGUGGUGAAGCACCCAUGGAAGUGGAAAAUGAGAAAGAUGAUGCUGAGGCUAUUAUUGAUCCGUCAAUUCCUCCAGCAUCUUGGACUGGACCAGCUUCUGGUCCUGGAAGCUGGGGUUGGCAGCAACAGCAGUGGGGUUGGAAUACAGGAUGGACAGCUCCUCCUGCAGUACCUGGUGCAACUCCUGCAGCUGCUAUUCCACCUUUAGCAUUAACUAAAAAUGCACUUUUACCUACACCAUUCACAUUUCCUGCAACGGAUGCUACAGCUUCAAAUUAUCCUGGAUCUCGUUCGAAUAGCUAUGCCUCAGGUUAUUGGACCAGCGGACAAUCAAAUCGUAUGAAAGGCAAUAAAAAACAUCGAGGCGGUGAAUCUGACGAUGAACCAGAAUCGACAACCGUAACAUUAGAUGCAGCAAAGCGUCGUCAACUGCCAGCAUGGAUUCGAGAAGGACUUGAAAAAAUGGAACGUGAAAAGCAGAAACAACUUGAUAAGGAACGUGAAGCACGAGAACGUGAAGAAUUCCUAAAACGUAAAAAACAAGAGGAAGAAGAAGUGCGUAAAGUUAUGACGGAUAGUGGAAUGGUUACGUUACCAAGCAAAAGUAAAUUUGAAAGUGAUUCUGAAGAUUCUGGUAAAGAAGAUAGAAUUAAACCGUCAUUCAAACGGGAAACAUCACCACCGAAGCGUAUCAUGAAGAAGCGUGAAAGCACUGAAAUGGAAUCUCCUCCAAUACGUUCGAAAUCAAAGGAAGAACGUAUUCAAGAUGUGAUGUUAACUGUUCGUCGAAUGAUGACUGAAAUAUUAUUGGAUGUGACAACCGAAGAAAUUGAGAAUAUAUGUCAGGAAGAAUUAAAACGUUAUCGAGCCUCAGCUUCAGCAAUGAAUCCGCAGAAGACGCCAGCAUUGGCCAGUUUAACUGGCAAACUUGGUCUUGGAAUCUACGGUGAGAGUGGCAGUAGCGGAAGCGAAUCGGAGCAUAGUGAUGCUAAUGAUUCCGAUUCUAAUCUCAAGGAAACAAUACGGCGCCGUAAAGCUGAAUUUAUGCGGACUGAACGUGAAAUUGAUGCACAUGCCUUGGACAUGGAACGCCGUCAACUGGAACAUGAACGUUUACAACGCGAGCAUGAACAAAGUGGUAACAACAAUAGCAGUGGUGGGGGAAACCCUAGUGGUAGCAAUAAUGCCAAAGAUGGUGAGAGAUACAGUCAGGUAGACACAGCCAAUUCUCAUUACGGUCAUUCAGAAAAACCUACACCACGUAAAUCACGUUUCCAUGAUGGACCUAUAAAUGAAAAUACACAAUUACCUAAAACAGACGAUUACACAUACGCUGGUGGAAGUGGCACUUCUACUGGAAAUAGUAAAUCAAUCAAUAAAAAUAAUACAGUAUCGAAUAGUAAUUCUAAAUCGGCAUCUCGAAAACGGGAUAAAUCUAGUUCAUCUAGAUCACGAACGUCUAGUGAAUCAAAAUCAGAUAGUUCUAGUGAAUCAGAUAGUAGCGGAAGUCGACAUCAUCGACAUCGAAGCCAUCGACAUCAUCAUGGUGAACGGAAUAGACGACGUAGUGUAAGUGAACGUAGAAAUUCUAAACGAGAUUCGAGAAGUCGUUCAGAUAGCUUUGACAGUCGUGCAGGUAAAGUAUUCAAAGAUCCAAGCACUGAAUCGAAAAAAGAGAGACGAAACUCGAAAAAUGGAAAUAGUGAAGAUCGAAGAUAUUCCAGUCCAGAGUAUUCUAGAUCGAAAAGUACACGUAACAAACGGAGUUAUAGUCGAGAUCGAAGUUCACGCUCUCAUAGACGAUCUAGAUCAAGAGAUCGUCGUUCUAAAACACGUUCAAGAUCUCGUGAUAGAUAUUCAUCGCGACGCUCGAAUUCUCGAGACCGUCGUAGUAAGCGAUCAUCGUCGAGAGACAGACAUCGAUCAAGUAGAUCAUAUGAUCGAAGAGAUAGAUCACGUUCACGAAAUCGAUCACGGUCAUAUCAUCGACGAUCCCGUAGUCGUAGCCAACAGAGGGGUAAGAAGUCCUCCCACAGACACUGAAUUACUUCUUCCAAUAAAAGGUUGUAUUUAAUUUUUUUUAUUUUUUAUUGCUUUGUCUCUCGGUAUUUACAUUUUGAAUGAAAUGUGACCCAGGUGUCUGUGAUAAAACUUAUUUUUGAUUGGCAAUUGACAACUCCAUUUUCGAUUUCAUUGUAAAUUUAUUUUUGUGAAGGAAGUGGUUAUUACGAACCGUGAAUGAGGUUAUGAUACAAUAAAUUUUGUAUUUCGUCCGAUAAUCGAUAUCAUCGGGUUCACGAAAUAUUAUAAUUAGGUCUACGAAUAAUCCAAGUAAGAACAACAAAAAAUUGAACCCCCUUUUUGUUUUAUUAUAACCUCAUUGAUUGAAAUGAUACGUCUCGCAAAAGUUCGUACUUGGUUUCCGAAGUUGUGUCAAUUUAAACAAUUUUAAAUUUUGUGAAAUCGGGCUAAUAAUAAUACAUAAGUAAGAUACCACAAACAAGGGGUCCUUUGUGCCCUAGGUGGGAUUGAUUAGAUAAUAGAGAAAAAACGGCUCGUAAGUUUGUUUUUAGUUAACAGCGCUUGUGGCGGGAAUUUUAUAAUAUUGUGUUUUCAUUUAAUAUCAGUCGAGUUCGAACUAUUUCUUUACGACCGUCAUUUUUUAGAAGAAAUUAGUCGCUUCCUUCCUUGCCAUUUUUUUUAUUCAUAUUAGUAAGGAAAAUCCUACCAUAAAAAUGUGAACACUCCGGAUAAAAACAUUAAAUUUAUUCCAUGUGGCAAUGGGCUUUUAAAGUUUUUGAUGGGAACCAA